AGUAUCUAUAAAAAAAUAAAUACUAAAUAAAAAACUGUGUUUUAUUUGUGUGUUUUUACAAAAAAAAAAAAGAAAAAAAAAAUAUUAAAAAUAUUUAAUGAUAAAAAAAAGAAAAUUUUGAUUUUGUAAAAAAAAUAUUUGUUUUUUUUUUUCUUAAUUUUUUUUUUUAAAUAAAGAAUAGAAAAAGAAAAAGUUUCUAAAAUGCCACCACAGAUAAUUUGAAAUUGUAAGCAACUUUUGAAAUUGGAAAGAAAAAAAUGAUGGAAUAAAAAUUAAAAAAAAAGUACGCUUUUUUCCUUUUUGUGUUUUUUUUUGGUGAUCUUGGGAUUGAUUACAGGUUUAAGUACCUAAUUAUUUUUUUUAUAUUAAAAAAGGACAGAGAAAAAAAACAAAGAUAAAGGAGAAUAAAUUGGUAGAAAUGGAUGAUAGCGAUGAUUCAGUAAAUAAUAUGGUAUCAAAUUUACCAUUAUUAUUUGCUAAUGGUUAUCCAACAUCUUUAGAAAAAAUUACUGAAACACAAAUACAGAAAUUUAUACCAUUCAUGGUUCAAUGUUCUUUAGGAAAUAUAAAUGUACCGGGUAAAGAAGAAUAUAAUGAACCGGAAUGGUGGCCUGAAGAUAUCGAAUUUUCAAUACCUAUAACAAGACCAAAAAAGUUCCAAGGAGAUUGGUUACACAAAAUGAAGGAAAUUGUUAAAAUUUGUUAUCAAUUUCAUAAAAGUAUAUUUUUAUUACGUUUUUGUAAUGAUUUGGCAGCAUAUGAACAUACCUGGUUACGUUUUAUUAAUAAUCAUAAUUCAACAACAUCUUUAUAUGAUAGACGAAGUAAUAAAUUGCUAGUAACAUUCCGAAAUGAAAAUAUGACUUAUGAUCAGCCACCGCAAAAACGAAAGUGUUUACUUCAACAGAAAGCACGAACACAAAAUGAUAAUCAACAGCAGCAGAUGGUAGAACCGGCGCUUUUUGAUAUAUACCUAUGUGAUAAUUGUGACGCUGAAUUAUAUUCUUAUGAAGCCAACAAAGAGCAUGAAAAAAUUUGUACAUCUUAUGAUGAUGAUGAUGUAAUUUUAUGUAAUCCGGUUCAACAAGAAUGUGAAGCAUAUAACAAUUCAACGAGAUCUUCGGCAGCUAAUUUAGCUGAUACUACUAAUAAUGCGGUACCCACCCAUAUAGAAGCAGUUAUUGAUAGUGAAGAACUACGUAAAGAUUUUUUAUUAAAUUUUCAAUUAUGUUUCAAAAGAUCUUCAGAGAGUGCAUCAUCACUUUCAUCAACAAUACAUCAAAAUUCUAAUAGCGAAGAUAGUUGCUAUAGCAAUCAUAAUAUACAUAAAUUUGAUAGUACUAGUAUUGAUAAUGAUAGUAAUAACAAUAAUAAUAACAAAAAUAUUAGAAACAGUAAGAACAACAGUAAUAGUAAUAAUAACGAUAAUAAUAAUAAUGAUAAUUACAAUAGCAUAAACAAAUCUAAUAAUGUUAGUAAUAACAAAUUAACCAAAGAAUCUAACAUUCCCAGAAAGCCUGGGAGGCCUUGUGUUAAUGCUUUUACUGAUAAUUUUAUUGACUAUCGGGAUAAAAAAACUAAAAUAACAAGAAAUAAUCGGACAAUUUACGCUUUGGCAAGAUGCCCAAACAUUCCAUUUUCAUCACCAGCUGGACAAUUGCUUAUACGGACGUUUAGAUCUUAUAUUAAUAAAGAAUAUUUAACAGAACGUUUGGAUAGACUUGAAAGAUUUUGUGCUACGCCAGUUUUACAAAAAAGUUGUCCACGGCCAACAAAAUUUUUUGGUAGACAACGUUAUUCAUCAAUACAUAGUUUUAACUGUACCUAUAAAAAACCACAAGAAUAUUCAACACACAAGUAUACAUUUCCCCGUAGGCAGUACUAUAGUCAAUACCGCAUCGAUAGCUUAAAGUUCCUAAAUGAUUUAAUAUUGAAAAAACGCUGCCGGCCAAUUACAGUAAGAUUGAGAAAAAUUACUGAUAAUGAUAUAAAAAGAAAAAGGAGAUCAUCGUUUAGUAGUUGUAGUAGUAAUUCAAUUAUCAAUUCAGAUUUAAAUAUAAAACUUAUACGUGAUCAGUCACACGGAUCACCAAAAUGGAAAAUAACGCAUCAUCAAGAAAACAACAGCGAUCAGAAAGGACAACAAAUUUUGCAGCUUGAGCAACAUGAAUUACGAAAACAGCAACGUCAAAAACAUAAUGCUGAAAAACUAAUAAUAGUAGAUACAAUAGAUUUAUGCUCAUCGGAUGAAGAAUUAGAACGUGAGUCCUCGGACAUUAAAUCAAAAAUAUAUAUUAAUGGCGGUUUAUCUUUAGCGCACUAUGGUGACGUACAAUUAGAUGCUCAAUGUAAUUUAUCAAAUAGUAAUGAACUUGAACUUGAUAUUAAUGAAAAUGAAGAAGAUGAUGAUAUUCUUCAAAUAGUUGAAGAAUGCCCAGCACAACCCGAUCAUCUUAUGGAACCUUUACAAUUUAAUAUAUUUGCAAACUCUAAGAGACCUAAAUUUGAAGUGCAAAAAAUAUUACACAAAUUAAAUAAUGCAAAUGAAAUAACUGUAACACCAGUUAAGAAAAUUUUAGAUCCUUUAUCAAUUAGUUCAUUAGAACCAUCUAGUAAUAUAAUUUUGUCAGGAGCAUCAAUAGCAAAUUCAAUUUCAUCGAAUAUUAUUGAAGAAAUUCGUAAGCAAAAUAAAUUCGAAGCGAAUUUUUUAUCAUCAAAUAUUACAAAUUCAACAAAACCAUUACAACCUUCUGUGUUUUUAUUUUCUAAUUAUACAGCGAAUUCAAAUGGAUCUAGCCAUGCAAAUUCAACAACAAUGAUUCUACAACAACAAAUUAAUAGCGAUUUAAAUAGUAACAGCAAUAAUCAAGAAAAUUUAAUUGAUCUUUCUACAAAUAAUUUACAUAAAAGUAAAAAUUCAGAAGAUAUUUGGUUGCCAAAUAAUAAUAUUAGUAAUAUCAGUAACAAUAACAAUAAUAAUAAUAGUAACAAUAGUAAUAAUUACAACAAUAAUAACAGUAAUUAUAACAAUUAUAUUACAAAUAACAAUAAUAACAAUCACAAUAACAAUAGUAUAAUAACAUCAUCUACUAGCUUUAAUCCUUCAUCAAAUCAUAUUAGACAAAAUAUGAAUCCAAUUGUAACAAAUUCAUCAUUAAUAACAAAUUCAACAUCGCAGUUACAUAAUUCAAAUAUUACUACACCAGUUGCAAAUGUUACAACAAAUAAAUUAUUGCAAUUGCAACAAUUAAUGCAAUAUGUUGACAACAAUGAUGUUAUCAAUAAAAUUAGUUCGCCAAAUAGAACGUUGUCUAUUGAUCUAACUUUAUAAAUUAUAUACUAUGUAUUAGUUUUUCUUUUUU